GCUGGUGGCUGCCAGGCGGGCGGAGCGGAGCGGGGCUCGGCGGGCUGAAACCCGAAACCUUCAGUCCCAGAGCGCGUCCGGGAGGAAGGAAGCGGCGGCGGCGGCGGCGGGCGAGGCGGGAGGCGGCCCGGCCGGGCCCUGAGCUGCCGCGGCGGCGGCUCUCGUCGUCCAGCAUGCUCUGCUCAGCCCAUACCGGGGCACGCUGACCAUGAGCCUCAGCUCCUCCCUUGGCCACAGCAAGGAGCUGCAUAACCUUACUGCAGAGGAGGCUGGUGAAGGGGGUGUCAUUGUCACCGAGUUCAUCGCCAUCAUUGUCAUCACCAUUUUUGUCUGCCUGGGCAACCUGGUCAUCGUGGUCACCUUGUACAAGAAGUCCUACCUCCUCACUCUAAGCAACAAGUUCGUCUUCAGCCUGACCCUGUCCAACUUCCUGCUGUCCGUGUUGGUGCUGCCUUUCGUGGUGACCAGCUGCAUUCGGAGGGAAUGGAUCUUUGGUGUGGUCUGGUGCAACUUUUCUGCCCUCCUCUACCUGCUGAUCAGCUCGGCCAGCAUGCUCACCCUCGGGAUCAUUGCCAUCGACCGAUACUAUGCUGUCCUGUACCCCAUGGUGUAUCCCAUGAAGAUCACAGGGAACCGGGCUGUGAUGGCACUUGUCUACAUCUGGCUUCAUUCCCUCAUUGGCUGCUUGCCACCCCUGUUUGGUUGGUCACCUGUGGAGUUUGAUGAGUUCAAGUGGAUGUGUGUGGCUGCCUGGCACCGGGGCCCUGGUUACACUGCCUUCUGGCAGAUCUGGUGUGCCCUGCUCCCCUUUCUGGUCAUGCUGGUGUGCUAUGGCUUCAUCUUCCGUGUGGCCAGGGUCAAGGCCCGGAAGGUGCACUGUGGCACAGUGGUCAUCGCAGAGGAGGAUGCCCAGAGGAAUGGGAGGAAGAACUCCAGCACCUCGACGUCCUCUUCGGGCAGUAGGCGGAACGCCUUUCAGGGUGUCGUCUACUCGGCCAACCAGUGCAAAGCCCUCAUUACCAUCCUGGUGGUCAUUGGUGCCUUCAUGGUCACCUGGGGCCCCUACAUGGUUGUCAUCACCUCCGAGGCCCUCUGGGGGAAGAACUCUGUCUCCCCUACCUUGGAGACCUGGGCCACAUGGCUGUCCUUUACCAGCGCCAUCUGCCACCCACUGAUCUAUGGACUCUGGAACAAGACGGUUCGCAAGGAACUACUGGGCAUGUGCUUCGGGGACCGCUAUUACCGGGAACCAUUUGUGCAGCGGCAGAGGACUUCUCGGCUCUUCAGCAUUUCCAACAGGAUCACAGACCUGGGCCUGUCCCCACACCUCACAGCGCUCAUGGCAGGUGGACAGCCCCUGGGGCACAGCAGCAGCACUGGGGACACUGGCUUCAGCUGCUCUCAGGACUCAGGGACGGACGUGAUGCUGCUGGAGGACUACACAUCUGAGGACAACCCUCCCUCCCACUGUACUUGCCCACCCAGGAGAAGGAGCUCGGUGACAUUUGAGGAUGAAGUGGAGCAAAUCAAAGAAGCUGCCAAGAACUCUAUUCUUCAUGUGAAAGCUGAAGUACACAAGUCCUUGGACAGUUAUGCAGCCAGCCUGGCCAAAGCCAUCGAGGCUGAAGCCAAGAUCAACUUAUUUGGGGAGGAGGCUUUGCCAGGGGUCUUGUUUGCAGCACGGAAUGUCCCAGGGGUUGGCUUUGGGGGACGCCGAGGCAGCAGAACUCUUGCGAGUCAGAGGCUCCAGCUGCAGAGCAUCGAAGAAGGGAACAUUUUAGCUGCGGAACAGAGAUGAAUGCGUCAGGGAGAACUGGGGCUGGAGCUGGAGAUGCCGGCUGCGGAGGGGUUCGCGUGACCGUCUGUGCCAGGACCCUGGGAGCACCACUGGCAACCAACACAAGAAGGAAACAUCGGGUGUGCAGCCACCAGGAAAGGGACUGAAAAUAAUGCCCACAGCCCAUGACUUCAGUGUCUGAUGUGAGACCACAUAUGGGCUUUUUUGAGGGCUCAGUGAUGGAACCAGAAACAUCUAAAGCAAAAAAAAAAAAAAAAAAGCAGGUGGAGGGGUGGCCCUGGCUGUGUGGGAGCUGGGCUGGAGGAGAACUAAGAUGCAGAUGGGGAAGGAAACCACCAUGUGGAUCAUUUCCUCCUCACAACCCACAUCCAGCCUAUACUGUCCCAGAGGCCCCUGGAGGGGGCCCUUCCCAGGCACUAAGGAGGUUGGCUGGCAGCCCUUCCUCAUGGGGCAGCGCCAUCGCCAUCCCUAUGGCUGCUGUGUGCUUGAUACGUGCAGUGUGGGGUCAUCAGCUCUAGACUGAGGGGCCUGCAGAGAGAGCCCUGGGAGUAGAGCGACUUUCCACACUGUCCGCUGACGGCCUGGCCUUCAGAGGUGCCCCUGUUGGUGCUAGGAGGGGCAGCCCUUGGGCCCAGGCCCUGCACCCUUCCCUAGUGACAAAUUCUUUGGUAUUUCAAAAGAAGGGAGAAACCACUAUAAAAGAUGAGAGGAAGGGGCAAAUACCAGGUGUUUCAUUUCCAGAAUUUAAAAGAAAAAAAAAAUCCAUUGGGUUAGGACAUACCAAGACUUAAUGGGACUGUGGUGCCAAGCAGAACAGGGAAAUAGAUACUUUUUUAAUGAAGGGAAUCCCUUCCCCUGGGAACGCCUCACUGAAUAGAUUCCAUGCGUGAUGUUUGAGUGACCAAUGAAAAUAGUUGGCCUUGGUUCCACAGGACCUACUCCCUCACUGCUCCCCGGGCAGCAUAAGCCAAGACAGCAAGAGCACUGGGCUGGAGUCUGCAGCCGGGGUUCUUACCCAACGCCUUCUUUGUGUGUGGGCACGUCAUUUGGGACAUCUUGUGCCUUCUAUAGGUUCUCUGUAAAAAUGGGAAAAGGGACUGGGAAAUUGUAUUGAAUAAUCUCCAAGAUUAUUAAUUUCUAGCUCCCAUCUUCAAUGUUCUCGGAACGUGUAAACUACCAAAAAACAAAACGAAAAGCAGACCCAUGGACCAACAUUUGUAUAACUUUUGAGAAUAGUUCCUGCUGGACAUAUGAAGUGUGGCCGGUGCAGUUUCUGUGUCCUUGUCUGACUUGUCUGUUUAGAGUUCCAUCUGGAUUAAAUGCUAGACCAACAUGCUUACAUGGAGGGAGAAGGUCACUGCCUCAAAAGUGAAAGUGGAGCAGCAGGAAUGUAAUUUGUCAGGUUAGACCUCACUCGAACUCCCUUGGAGCUGGAGCAGCAGCUGAAGUCUGGCCUUGGAGUCAUUGCUGUGGUGACUUGGGGGGGGUGUUGGAUCUCCCCGGGUCUGUUCUUCAGCCUGGGAAAAAAUAAGUUUAGGGCUUUCCCAGCCUUGGUCAGCAGAGAGUAGCUUCCAAGGAGAUCUCACUGUGGCUGCUACUAGGCAGCUGUUCUAUUUCUUUGGGGUCUAGCUAUCUCCUGGUGAGGUAGUGUCUUUUUUUGUUGUGUGGCAGAAACAGUGGUUGGCUGGCUCCCUAGUUACAAAAGACCUUUCGUGAGGCUUGGGGUCUUGCUACUUAGGUGAUCAAACCCAUCGACAAUUAUUCUGGGUCAUCUGGGUACCAGGCACAGGCCUAGGUUCUGGAUGGGAGUGGGAAGGGGCAGAGGACAGUUUACCUGUGGGUCCUGCUGAUGAUAUGUGCAGGUCAUAAAGACUCUGCUCUCACUACUGGGUGGCAUUCCUAAGGUUGAAGGCAGUGUACGUUUUCUAUAUAUAUUCUGUAUAUAUAUAUAUUUUCUAGCACUCGUGUAGUUUUUGAAGGGACCCUAUUCCUGAUAGCUAGUAUGCCGAGGUAGAAUAGUGCAUAGAGACCUUUACCUCUGGGAUGGGUCGUUGGUUAGGCAUUUUUGAGUGCGGCAAAUUGGCUUGAAACCCAGGGGUUGGAGAAUGCUCUCCUGAUGCGCUACACUGGGCUCUAGGGAAAGAAUCCCAAGACCUCUUCAGUCCCCCAUUAGCUAAGCUCAGACUAGCUGGAAUGUAAUAGGAUUUAAUCUAAACCAAUCUAGAAAUACAUUUCACAAAAGGGUUUGUUGUUUCCUUUUUUUUUUCCACUUCACUGAGGUCCCUUCAGUCAUCUACCAGACACCACACAUCUACUGAGGUAAAGCUGGGCUCUGAGUAACACUGAAUGAAGCGUUUGCUCUAAUUCAGGAGAGAGACCUGGGCAAUAAAGAGUCUAAUAAAUAGCAAAGUGGUGAUUACAGAAAAAUCAGUGGCUCCGGAGAGAGUUGGAUAUGUCCAACUAAGGAGUUAGGGAUGGCUCCAUGAAGUAAGGGAUCGUUCGAACUAAGUCUUGGAGGCUGAUUGGCAGCUAGAACCAUAUUUUGCAUAUAUUCAGGAAUUCAAAUUUUCCUUGACUUGGCUUGAGAGAGGGAGGUGGGCCUGGGAAGAGAGGGAAAGAGAAUCUCCACACAUUCUGAAGUUCCUGACAGGCAUUUCUGAGGACGUUAGUGCCGAAGGUCAAAACCCCAACUUCCCUCGCUAAACCCAGGCUUAUUUGCUGUAAACUGCCAUGCUGUGGUAGGCCUGAGGCUGUCCUGAGGAACCACAUUGACAGUGGCAGAUGGGACAUUUAGUUACUUGUUGGCUUCUAGUUUUAGAACCACUUUGAGGGCUGUUGCCCAUCUCUGCUUCUUUCAUUGAGAUUUCUACCUUCCUGGGUCCCUGUGCUGUGCCACAGAUACCAGGUAUCAGGCUUACGGGUAUUUGGAUGAGAAGGCAUUGGGAGUGCCACGCUCUACGACACACGGUUCAACACCUAGCCAGGUGCACCUGGCCAGGGGCACCAAGACUGGAGAGCAGCAUCGCAGACACUAGGUGGCAGCAGUGUGGCCGUGGAGAGCCAAGGAUAAACCUGAAAAAGUGAGUUUGCUUCUUGCGCUUAUGUGCGUCACUCCCUUUCAGGUUCACAGGUACUGCCACUACAUUGCGUGAUUUUAAGCCAACCACUGUUCCUAGAGAAGCAGAGUUGAGUGUAAGACAAGGGCCAUCUAGUGCCUGUUCUUUGCUUCUCAUUUGAGGAGUUGCUGGUGGGUAUUUUUGCAAAGAAUUGAGUACCCAGUGAAACUAACUUGAUUAUUUACAAUAGGCCAAGGAAGUUUGGGUUAGGACAAGAGAGGGAGGAAAAGUGCCUUGAUAACAAUGAGAGAUUGUUGGUCCGUUUACAUUUAGCCAUAUGAAUAUUUUUCUUGUCUGGACAGUAUGAGAUCGAUACUUGCAGACUAGAGAGCCACCUCUGAAUGGACCACAGCGUACAUUCAUGACAGUGUUCAGCAUUAGGCUUUGGCUGUAUCUUGUCUGAAAGGAGCUGUGGGCAAGAAGUGGCUGUACAAGAGGGGGUGAGCUGCUAGCAUGGUGUUGAGUGCCUACUGUUGGACAUUUGAGUGAUUAUGUGCUAGGCACUGUCUCUUAUUUCACUUAGGUGCAAAUGCCAUGUAGUGGGAAUAGUGCAGGUGUGGGUCUGGUUGUGAGUUCAGAUCCUGAGCUGCUGCUGAUUAGCUGGGUGUUGAACAGGUUACUCGGUAACUUUGCAUCUCAGUUUCUUAGCUGUAAGAUGAGGUUUGGUAAUCUUUUUCUACACGGGGACACACAGGGGCUUCCCUUCUUGGGUGACGGUAUGGAUUCCAGGAGAGGGUCCUUGGGAAGCACCCAGCACAGGUUCAGGGGUGUAGUGGAAGCUGAGCCUCUGGCAUUUCUUCUCAGUAACUCUGUAGGGCGAGUACAAUUCUUGUUCUACAGGCAUCUUUAUAAUAAGAAGUGCGAAUCUUGAAAUGCUGUUAUCUAGAUCGGAGGUGUUAUAGGUUGUUGCCAUAGAAUUGUCAUGUUUGUUGUAUCACAAAAGGACUUUUGGGAAAGAAGGGCUGUGAGGAGGGGAGGGCAAUAGAGAGGAGGGAGAAAAAGCUAAGUAGCAUUUGGAUCAAGAGGUUUGGGGAGCAGAAGUGAGCUUUUCUAUUAAAAAUGCUGAUCCUCUAUGCUACUGGCCUAUUUGCACAAAGAUAGUAAUUCACGUUGCCCUACGUGGCUAUCAAAUCCUGGGGCCUAGUGUAAAGUCCCAAAUCAUAGCACAAAUUGAGUGUUGACCUUCCUUGCAUCAGUGACAGCGUGACUGUGUGGUGGCUGGGUUCUCAGAAUCUGUAACCCUCCAAAACUCUGAGGAAGGAGGCAGGGCAGGGGUGGGAGUCCACGCCAUUACCCAAGGUGUAACUCUAGGCUUUGAGGGAAAUCAGUCUUCACCCCGAGGGAAAGGAAAAUGGCGGUGAUUAGCUGUAUAUGCCUGCAAGAAAGAGAAGAGCUAAAACAUCCUUGACGGUCGGGGAGAGAGGACACACAGAAUCCAGGGAAGCCUAGGGAAACUGCUCAGGCUUUCAAAGGGAGUUAAGUCAGUCAGUGCCAAACUCCAGGUCUUGGCCAUGGACUGAGGGAAGGAAGGGGCAAGACUUACGGCUCAAGGAGGAUGGCAGUUAAAAGUCAUUAAUCUCUGAACAGGCCAGUAGGCUUCACUGGACAGGUAGAAGAACUAUUGUAAACCAAGGGGCUUUGGGGAUAAUUCAGGUCUGCUUGCCAGACCUAAAAAUACUGAAGGCCCAGGAAAAGGGAUUGGAUUCACGGGAAAGUAUCCAAUAAAUAUUUUACAUUCCAAAGUACUUCCAAUACAUUGAAGUGAUUCCUUUGAAAAUAGCAGUUUUGGUCAUUUUUAAUUUUAAAAGAAUAUAGUAUACAAAGCUGUGCUCAUUUCCCUCAGGAGGCAUUUUCCUGAGCAGUAUGAAUAGCUUAGGAAUUAGAAGCCACUUGUGUUUUUCUUUUUGACAUCACCAUUUUGAAAUUCCACUGCCACAAAUCACAGGCCAGAUAGCACCCCCAGAAGGACAGCCCACCCCAGAGAGCAUUACAGGCCCAGGCAGAGACCAUGCUUAGAGCAGUAGAAAGACCCUGCAUGCUUAAAGGACCAAGUCCUAUGUUGUAUUCUGAUGAUGACUCGUGGAUGCAGAAGUGGUUAAAAACCAACCUUCAAAAAAUGAAAAGCAGUGGUACCUGGGGCUCAAAGGAGUAGGUACCGGCCCAACAUGCUGGAGGUGGCGGGUUCAAACCCAGCCCCGGCCAAAAAAAAAAGGCAAAAAAACCAGUCUAAUCUUUUAACUUGAAGUCUCUGAAUGACUUUUUAUUUAAAAUGAUUAAAAGAAGUUUAGGAUUAUUAUAAAUCAGUAUUUAUAAACAAGUAUACUUAGAAUAGUUUUGUUUACCUCAUAAACGUUUUUAGUAACUUAAUAGCUGUGGAAGUUGUGAAUUCGUACUUGGACUUGUGAUCUGUGGACUUUGUUGGUAUGUCUCCUUUUCCUUAUUUUCUGCAGCCAUAAUCCUAUUGUCAGCCUCCCUUUCCAAGGGCUAAAAAGAGGAAGGAGACUGAGCAGGAAGGAGCAGACUGUUGUAGAAUUGGAAAAUUCUCAAACCAAAGUCACCUGGAAAUAUCCAUCCACGUGUUUUGCAUAAAUCCCGAGGCAAUUAAAUUCAUACAUUUUAUGACCUACUUUUCACCAUGCCCAAGAAAACACUAUUAAACCCAACUUUUUUUGUUGUUUGUUUUUUGAGAUAGUCUUACUUUGUCACCCUUGGUAGAAUGCCAUGGCGUCACAGCUCACAGCAACCUCAAACUCUUGGGCUUAAGUGAUUCUCUUGCCUCAGCCUCCCAAGUAGUUGGGACUACAGGCACCUGCCACAACUCCUGGCUAUUUUUUUAUUGUACUUGUCAUUAUUGUUUAGCAGGCCCGGGCUGGGUUCAAACCCGCCAGUCCCACUGUAUGUAGCCGGUGCCCUAACCACUGAGCUACAUAACCCCAAGUUUUUAAAGGAGGGUUAGUGAACAUUGGUGCUAUAUCUAGAUACAUAUUCUCCAUCCCAUAAUUCAGUCUACAAUGGGCUAUCAGUUAAAGUUUGGGGGAGUCAAAUUAAACAUGGAUUUUUGAUGGUGUCCCAAGUCCUAUGUUCAGAGUUCAACUGUACUUUUUGGAAAGAGAUGAAAAAAACCCUUUUAUGUGAUUAUCCCAUGAAGUCAAAAGAUUUUUAAAUCUAGAAAAUACUAUGGAAAUGAAUAGAGGAAAAUAGUCCUCUCAUGCUACUGAAAAGACUAGAAAAUGUGGUCAAAGCAGCAAGGCAUUAAAUAAAAAGUCAAGUUCAGGGUGUUUUAAAACAACCAACUUCUUUAAUUAGAAAGCAACAAACAUGCAAAUGGCAAGUGUAGAAAUUUAUUUGAACCAAUAUUUUCACUAUAAUGAAAAUUACUCUUCAACAUUGAUCCAAGAUCCCACAUCUGAAGGUUAGGGGAAAUAUUGCACUUUGCAUUUUCUAGCACUCCCAUACACGGCAAAAAGUUUUUAAAACAUUUUGCAAGUUGUGUUUUACACACUCUCCCAAAUUCAUGCACACAAUCAUUCCAAACCAAUGUUAGGUUAUCC